GUGUCCUUUGAGGAUGUGGCUGUGCAUUUCACAGAGGAGGAGUGGGCCCUGCUGGAUCCGACCAGAGAGCUCUGCAUAAGGAAGUCAUGGAGGAGAAUUGUGAGGUUCUGGUCUCUCUCGAAACUGAUGAAAAGAAAAAGGGAGCCCACAACAAGAUCCAUAGAGUAUGGGAGCUGAAUAAAUAUUUGGAGAAUGGAGAGAGCUUCAGUCAGAGCUCCAAUCAAAGGACUCGCACUGGGGAGAAACCACAUCAGUGUUUGGAUUGCGGUAAGAGGUUUCGUCUGAACAAAGACCUUGUUUGUCAUCAAAGAAUUCACAGCAGGGAGAAACCAUAUCGGUGUUUGGAUUGUGGAAAGAGCUUCAGCUGGAAGAAAACUCUCACUUCUCAUCAGAGAACUCACAUCGAGGAGAAAUCAUAUCCAUGCUUGGAAUAUGGAAAGAGUUUCAGUCAGAGGACCUAUCUCACUCUCCAUGGAAGAAUUCACAGUGGGGAGAAACCAUAUCAGUGCUUGGAAUGUGGAAAGAGCUUUGCCUGGAAAAAAAUUCUAAUUUCCCAUCAAAGAAUACAUACAGGGGAGAAACCGUAUCAAUGCUUGGAAUGUGGAAAGAGCUUCAGUGAGAAGGAAAUUCUAAUUUCCCAUCAAAGAAUUCAUACAGGGGAGAAGCCGUACAAAUGCUUGGAAUGGGAGAAACCACAUCAGUGCUCAGAAUGUGGAAAGCGUUUCAUUCAGAGCUCCCAGCUCACUAACCAUAGAAGAAUUCACAGCGGGGAGAAACCAUAUCAGUGCUUGGAAUGUGGAAAGAGUUUCAGCUGGAAGAAAAACCUCACUGCCCAUCAAAGAGUUCAUACAGGGGAGAAACCAUAUCAGUGCUUGGAAUGUGGGAAGAGCUUCAUCAACAAGUCAAGUUUCACUGCCCAUCAAAGAACUCACAGCGGGGAGAAACCUUAUCACUGCUUGGACUGUGAGAACAGCUUCUCCCACAAGGACGGUCUCACUGAUCAUCAAAGAGCCCACAGGGGGGAGAAACCUUAUCAAUGCUUGGAAUGUGGGAAGAGCUUCACUCAGACCUCCAAUUUCACUUCCCAUCAAAGGAUUCAUACAGGGGAGAAACCACAUCAGUGCUUGGAAUGUGGAAAGAGCUUUAGUAGGAGAGACCAUCUUACUUCCCAUCAAAGAAUUCAUGCAGGGGAGAAAUCGCAAAUGCAGUGGUAGCCGGUUCUUCCUGGAUCUGGCAUGGCUGCUAAGAGAUCAUGGUGGCAUAGCCAGUGGUUGAUGCAUAUCUAAGUUGUUGUGGUUGCCUUUCCAUCCUCCUGUCUUGCAGCGGACACUUCAACAUUACAGUUGAACAAAUAAUGAGGAUCUCACUAAACUGCAAAGUGCCUUACUUUGGUUCAGAAGGGGUUCCUGCUGUCCCUGUCGCUUUACUGCUAGGAGAAAAUUUGUGUGGCCUCUGUCUGUUCCUUUCCUCCCCCAUCAUUCCAUUUGCAAAGAAACGGUGGACACUUAAACAUUACAUUUGUAUAAAUACUAAGUGCCUUACCUUGUUUCAGAAUUCCCAUCAAAAUUUGUAGUAUGGGAUCAUGCCACAAUAACUUUACAUUCCCCAGAAGUGAGCUCCACUGAAUUCCAUAGAGAUUAUUCCCUGGUAACGAUGGUCAAGAUUGCAGCCUGAAUUGCUUAGUCUUGAAUGUGCCACAUAGAACUGUUAACAAGGGCACUUAUAAAUGUCCAGAUCUAUAGGGGAAAAAUAUCCCCCUCUCCCAGCUUAUUCACUUCUGUGUUUUCUUUCCAGAAUGCGGAAUAAGGUGGAGGGAUGUUAAAUAGAUUAAGGUGUGGAAGAUUAGGGUUAAAAUCACCACUCAGCCACGACGCUCACUGUGUGUCUCAGCCUAACCUACCUCACAGGGUUGUUGUAAGGAUAACAUCGGGAAAAGGUGACCCAUGAAUGCCACCUUGAGCUCAAUGUAGGAAAGGUGGAGCAGCUAUAAAUGUAAUACUGAUAAAUAAAGA